CUCCAAUUGUGACAUCAUAUGAUAAGUUGACACCGACAAACAUGGCCCACUGUUUAGUUUUUGACUCUCAGUUUGGACAUUUCGUCCAAACUACCCUGAAUACUAUUUUCCUCAUCUCUCUUCCCCGAAAGCUCCUCCCUCUCCUCCACCACGUCUCAACCCAUGUCCUCUUCACCCUCAGAUCACGACCACAAUAACUCCAGCGCCGUUCCUAGCCCAAAUUAAUCCAAAAAACACAAAGAAAAUGGGAUCCCAUUCCCGUUUGACCCACACCCUCAGAUCAUCUCUCUUCUUCUUUUUGACCCAUACCCGUACCACAUCCAGUUCACCAUGCUAAGCAACAAAUCCAGAGCUCAGUCGCUCUCCUCCACUGCUGAUCUCGUUUUGCAUGUUGGAUUUGAGGUCAAUGACGAGACCAUGAGCGUGCUGGAGUCGUGGGAGGGCGUCCGGGCAACCCAACCAUGUCCAUCGUCGUCACCGCCGCUCACCCCCUUGCUGGACCCAGGACGAGGCCCGCUCCCUCAUCCUCGCCGAUCGUGACCGCUGGUUGGCUCUCCACCGUACCAAUCUUAAAUCCGCCAACUGGGACCACGUCGCCGCUGCCACCGCUUCCUUGGCUCCCUCCUCGCCGCCCAAGAUCGCGUUGCAGUGCUGUCAUAAGCCUCGUCGUGGCUUUGUUUCAUCUCAUGGAUCAAAUGGAAUCCGACCCAGAUCGGGAAUUGGAUAAUGGUGGUGAGUUUGGAGGGAUGGUGGAGGUGUCGAAUUUGGUGGAGGAAGAAGAAGAAUAUGGCAGAGCCGAGUGUGAGAGUCAAAGUCAGGGGUGAGAACCAUAAACUGAACAGUGGGUCAUGCUUGUCGGUGCCAACUCACCAUAUGACGUCACAAUUGGAGUUAAUUUUGAAAUUUGGACUCGGGUGAUGGAAAAUGAAAGUGCAGAGACCAUAUUGAUUAUAAAAAAAGUCAGGGACCAAACUGAUUUUAGCCCUAAAAUUCGAGGAACUAAACUGAAUUUAAUCCUAUAUUAAUUAAACAACCAAGAUCACUAACAAUAGUCUAGGAUACCAUUUGACAUGUGUUUUUGUAUUAAUUUUAGUGAGAUAUAAAUUAGGGUUCUUGGUGUCAUACCUGGAGGCUGGAGCAGCUAGGAACGGAAGGAAGGUCUUUUGAAAACUCUGUAAAGUUCAAGUGCUCUCUGUGGGGCAAGGCGAUUUAAACUUGUGUAUUAGAGGUUACAUGACCUCGUUUAUAUGGAGGAGAGUCACAUUAGUGCUCCACCAGUAAAAGACAAUCUAGUAAUGUGACUGAAUCUCUAUAAUAUCUCGUCGUACUUAAGUAUUUGACUCAUCACACUCUCUUAUAACUUCAUGCAUAAGUCAUCAGGUGUUUGUGUAUAACCUAGUUAAAUGAUAUUGAAAUUCAACCUACAAAACACAAACACAAAUUAAAUGACUCCAAAAAUGACAAGAACGAAACU